CUUGAGAACGAACGUAGUGUCCUUCGUCGGUCGCUGAGUUUCAGGUACCAUUUACCAAGGUCGUCAUUUACAAACAUCAUAUGUUAUCUUCACCAUUAGGGUUUAAUGUCCAAAGAAAUGUAAAGAUAAAAUCAAUUUACCAGGUUAUUGGUAUCUUGGUUGGAGUAUGCUUCAAUAUAUUUUAUAUCACAGUGCGAGAUGUAGAGACUGCAGUUUGUUGUUCAUUUUCAAUUCUGUUUGGGUCUGUUGGACUAUAUGUCGACAUACAGUUACUCAGAGGACACUGGAGAGUAUGGCCAUGUAUCCUUCGACGGUACAUGUGGCUGGGUAUAGUUGGGUCAAUUCUCUCUUUAGCGGUGCUUCUGGGGAAUUUAUACAAUGAAAUUAAAAACCGUCGUAAGUUAGCAAUUAGACUAAUAUAUCUUAGAAAUGUCAUCUUUUCGGUCGGAUUUAUGGUCGUUGUCGUCCCUACACUGGUCUGCUAUCCUAGCAUGGACAUCUAGGAAGUACCAUGUUCUGCUAACAGAUGUUUAUACGCUAUCAAAAGGUCACAGUUAGUGUCUUUACCGUUCACUUUAGUGUGAGAUAAUUACCUUAUUAAAACUACUGGAACUUUGUUUAUACAUAUAGUUAAAUUUUACCAUACGUGUAUGGUGGAAUCUGACCACCUAAAUUACUUUGUUUUAUAUGGACGUUUAAUUGUACCAGUAAACAUGUUACCUGCCUUAAAUUCACAUACCUGUUUUUUCACCUUUUGCAAUUCAUCAAAUUUCAAAAAAAUUAAGACCCUUAAUCUUGAAGUGAUUUUUCCCAACACACGGCCUAUUUCUGUAAAUGAACAAAACGGCAGUUA